UGCAGGCAAUUUUGAAGAAUGGACGGAUACAAUACCUACGAGAAUUCCUCUUGUGAUCCUAUAUUGGCGCACCAUUUAACCUCGCUUUACUUCAUAGUGCUCAUUGGAGGACUGGCAGGUGUAAUCUCCAUCCUGUUCUUGCUGGUGAAAAUGAACUCACGUUCAGUGACCACCAUGGCAGUCAUUAAUCUGGUGGUGGUCCAUGGGUUAUUUCUUCUGACUGUGCCUUUCCGCUUGGUAUACCUCAUCAAAGGGACUUGGACAUUUGGAUUACCCUUCUGCAAAUUUGUGAGCGCCAUGCUGCAUAUACACAUGUACCUCACCUUCCUCUUCUAUGUGGUGAUACUAGUUAUCAGGUACCUCAUUUUCUUCAAGCGCAGAGACAAAGUAGAAUUCUAUAGAAAACUGCAUGCAGUUGCUGCCAGUACUGCUAUGUGGCUUUUAGUGAUUGUCAUUGUAGUGCCCCUUGUGGUUUCUCAGUAUGGAAAUAAUGAAGAAUACAAUGAACAACACUGUUUUAGAUUCCAUAAAGAACUUGCCCGUGAUUAUGUACAAAUUGUCAACUAUAUGAUAGUCAUUAUUGUCAUAGCCAUUGCAAUGAUUCUCUUAGUUUUCCAAGCCUACAUCACAUUGUUCAUGGUGCGAAAGCUUCGCCAUUCCUUACUGUCCCACCAGGAGUUCUGGGCUCAGCUAAAAAACCUGUUCUUUAUAGGCAUAAUCCUUAUUUGUUUUCUUCCCUACCAAUUCUUCAGGAUUUAUUACUUGUACGUAGUGGCACAUUCCAAGAACUGUAAAAACAAAGUUGCGUUUUACAAUGAAAUCUUCUUAAGUACAACAGCAAUCAGCUGCUAUGAUUUGCUGCUUUUUGUCCUUGGAGGAAGCCAUUGGGUUAAACAAAAGAUUAUUGACCUAUGGAAUUGCCUUUUAUGCUGUUAGCCAAGACUACAGUAUUCAUUUUUCCCUGUUGGGAAUGAGAAUAAGCAAGGGAGGUAAGUAAGAAUGGCUUUGCAUUGCUUGAUCAAAACCUUUCCUUGACUCAGACAAAGAAAAGGACUAAGAAGUGUCCAAGUGCUUCCUGUAGUUUGUAAAAGAUAUUCGUGCUAAGAUGAGUUGUGGUAAACCUACAUGGAAUCACAAUAUUGUAAUAUUUUCAAAGUACACUGUUUGCUUGGCCCAUCCAGAAAAAAAAAAAUGGGUCUGCUUGUUGCUAGAGUUUUAUUAGGGCAUGGUGACUUCCUGGGCUUGAAACAUGGCCCUCCCCAACACAGUUGGUGUAGUUAGGUGAAGAGUUAUUUUUUCUCUACUUCACCUUCUGAAGGCUAAUCGUAGUCAUCAAACAGCUUCAAAGAGACCAAAUCUGCUUGUUUUACCAGACAAAUUGGAGAAGUUAACACACACACCCUGACAAAAACAACCAGAAAAGUGGAGAAUGAAGAAACUUGUCUUUAUCAUCCUAAAGUUUGGAGGCAAUGCCUGAACUUUUGCCCUAAUGAACAUUUUUUUAGCCUUGCCCUUCUACAGGUUGUGUUUAAGGGCAUGGGUAACCAUCAUCCAUCACACUGAAAAUUUUUUCUAACCUUAUUAAGAUGCCUGAGUAAUGGCAAAUGUCUGACUUAUAGAAUGCUUCUGGCCAGUGUCCUGCUCACAGUGAAAUGAACAGCAUUAUAGGAUAAUUAAACUUUUUGCCUUUCCUGAUUUUAGACAGAAUUUUCAUAUGUAUUGGGCAACAGUUAAUGCAUUAUUCUGCACUUGAAGAUAAGAAGUUUUACUGUAGUCUUUAAGUUGCACUCCAUUUUUAAAAUAAUAUGUUUUUAAAUAAAUAAAACCCAUAUUUUUGAGCAAAAAGAACUUUGGGGGAUAAAUAUGGGAUAGCCCUUAAUUUAGAAUACAUGAGAUUAGGUUGCCUUAAAAGAGUUUUAGAAAACAUUUGGAAAUAAAUGAAUAAAUAUGCUCAAGAGUAAUACCAUUCCAUCCUUUAAAAUAAUAACAUGCUGUUGUUGAUAAUUAGGACUGACUAAUUUGUGAGUUAUUCAUUCAUAUCCUUAGUAAUUUUCUGUUGGUUAUUGACAUCUAUUGUGUUGUUUUAAAAGAGUUGUUUCUAUAUUAAAAUCAUUAUUUUUUUUUUCCAAAAAAAUUAACCUUAUGGAUGGAUAUCUUUGCCAAAUUCUUAGGAAUGUUUAUCCAUUUGGUUCAUAACUUGUGACAUAUGGUAUAUUAAACUACAUUAAACUUUAAUUUCAGAAACAAUUCCUGAUUGAGUUCA